AUGGACGGAGUAACAAAGAACUACAGUAUUAGUUAUUGGAAUUCAUCAGUUGCAUCAUCGGUCAGAACUUAUACGGAAGUUUCCACAUCUUCUACAAUUACCGGCCUGACAUCUGGGACCAAUUACACUAUCAGUGUGGUGACAGUCGGUGUCCGGGGGUAUCAGAGCACGCCUGUCAGCCAGUUUCUAUUCACAAUCCCUGGACAAGUUUCUAUCAUCACAGUGAGCAAUAACAAGUCACCGAAUUCUCUGGUGGUGAACUGGACGGCACCAGCAGGGAAAGUGUCUAAAUAUAUUGUCAGUAAAACCGGAGAUGUAAAUAGCAUACAAGAAACUACUUCUCUAUCAGUGACGUUCCCAGGAUUACUACCAGGCAGGAACUAUACCAUCACCAUACAGACAGUCAGUGGGGACUGUAACAAUAUUGCCACAUCGGUGACCGAGGCCACGUAUCCGAGUCCACCAGGAGACAUCACCUUCACCGACAUCAAAACAAACAACAUCUCAUUGUCUUGGGGAGAGCCAAUAAAUAUGACCGGUGUGAUAAAGUCAUAUACUAUAACUUACUGGAAUUCUUCUUCUUCUCUAAACUGGACUGUGACAAGCAACACAACAAAUGCCGCCCUUGCGAGCCUGACAUCCGGGACUAAUUACACGGUGUCCGUGGUGACAAUUGGAGUCCGGGGGUAUCAGACUACGCCUGUCAUCAGAUAUGUCUUCACAAUUCCAGAUCCUGUGUCUGAACUUAUUGUAACUGACGUCACUGCAACCUCUAUAUCGCUGAAAUGGAAAUGUCCAAAUGGAAUAUUUAGCACCUUCUCAUUUGAUGACGGGAAGACUAUCCGUGUAAUCCCCAUGAACUGUAUCUCUGAUACUCAACAAUACAAAAUAGAAAAUUUAAGUCCUUACACCGAAUACACCAUCAGCACAAGAACCUUGUCAUGUUUCAGAGCCAGUGAAGUGAAGCAAGUAAAGCAAAGGACGUCUAAGGCAGCACCUCCACCUGCUCCAACUGCCGAAAGUGUCAUCGUAAUUCUAUCUUAUAAUCAGAUUGAUUACACUUUUGCAUUGUUCGAUUCCACAAAUGGGCCUGUCGGCACAUAUGCCGUGAUCGUCACAUCUGAGAAUGCUGCAGGCAAAAAUCCAGAAAAGAACAUUUUAAACAAGACCUACAGCGAUUUUAAGAGCAAAAGCUCCUCAGCUUAUGUAUUCUUGAUCACAAAUGCUGGAGGCCUCAUUGACAAAAUAAGCCUUCAGGCUGCAGAUGGCAUUGCAGUGCUCAUUUGCUUAAUGCAUGUUGUUGCUGUUGCAGGUUUUACAGAUAUUGCGUAUAAAACCGAUGGCACAAUUGACAUAGACAGAAGCCUUUGGACAAUCGGUUCUUAUUCAAAGCCUAUUACAACACCACAGAACCCAGGGGUUAUUGCUGGUGCUGUCGUUGGAACCAUUCUGGCCCUUCUUGUUGUUGCUGCAGUAGGAUUUUUCCUCUGGUGGAGAAGAAGGAAAGGAGGCAAUUCGAAAAAUAAAGACAUGGCCUUCUCAAACGUGAAGAGAUCCCUAGCUAUGAGCACAGAUCGCUUCCUGCAACAUUUUGAUAAACAGCGUGCUGACUGUAACCUGGGAUUCCUUGAGGAGUACGAGAAAUUAAAAACUGUUGGUACAACGCUAUCAAAAACAGCCGCUGAUGACCCAGAAAACAGAGAAAAGAACCGAUACACAAAUGUGCUGCCGUAUGAUAUUUCCCGCGUUAUACUUUCCACUAAUGGGAACUCCUCAGACGAUUACAUCAACGCAAACUACAUCCCUGGCUACAUCAACUCCAAAGAGUUCAUCGCAUCGCAAGGUCCGCUCCCCAAAACCCUCAACGAUUUCUGGCGCAUGAUGUGGGAGAAGGAUGUCCGGUCGAUCGUCAUGCUGACGAAAUGCGUUGAAAUAGGGAAGUUGAAAUGUGAGGAAUAUUGGCCUUCGCGGAGCUCCAGGACAUUUGGGAACUUGUCAGUGUCCUUAAGCAAUGAAGCCGUCGAUCGAGACUGGACCAUCAGGAACUUUGUAAUGCUUAAUAUCAAAAGCAGGCAGAGCAAGCACGUGCGUCACUUCCAUUAUACCGCCUGGCCGGAUCACGGCGUUCCCAAAACAACUGAGGACCUGGUAGAGUUUAGGAAUUUGAUCCGUGAUUACACCGCCACCCACAACCCACCAAGCUCACCUAUAGUGGUUCACUGCAGUGCUGGCGUUGGCAGGACUGGCACCCUCAUCGCCCUGGAUCGACUCAUAAAACAAAUCGAAGCUGAGGAUAAAGUGGAUGUUUACGGAGUGGUUUACGACCUUCGAAUGCACCGAGGACUGAUGGUGCAAACAGAGAACCAGUAUGUUUUCUUGAAUCAGUGUGCUGCGGACAUUAUAAAGGCUCGAACGCCCCAGAACUCUGAAUCCAUAUAUCAGAACUCUGAAUCCAUAUAUCAGAACUCUGAAUCCAUAUAUCAGAACUCUGAAUCCAUAUAUCAGAAUUCUGAAUUAAUGUACCAAAAUGCAUCUUCCAUAUAUCCGAACAUCAGCAAGACCAACCUGUAG